CAACAACACGAUUAAUGCAACCAAGACAGAAGUAGUGCUAAACGAGCACUUCUACUAUACUAUAUAGCAUUGGUGCUUUAAUGUACAACUUGAAGUUGUACCAUAACAUUAAAUGUAUAAGUUUAGGUUGUACCAUAAAGGAAUUUGUAGCAUUAUGUUAUGGUACAACUUUACAACUUGAAGUUGUUCCAUCACAUAAGGUACAAGUUUAAGUUGUACCAUAAAAGAAUUUGUACAAAAAGUAUAGGUACAAUCUGAAGUUGUACCGUAACAUUAAAGGUACAAUUUCAAGUUGUACCAUAAAGGCAAAAACCUAUAGCACCAAUGCUAUAUAGCAUUGUAAAAUUCCUCGUGCUAAACUGCUAAUUAGUGAUUAAUUUGCAGCCUGCAUUUUAGAUCAACCAUAAUUUUGUACAUGAAUAAAACCCGGACUCAUUCUUGUCAGUUUGUAAUAGUAGUGUAUGCAUAGUGCGAUGGAUUAAGAAAAAUAAAAUCUCAGGUUGUUAAGCAUAUAUAAUACAAUAUUAUGCUGUAAUUUGGGAAUUAUGUUUUAGAAAUGUAUAUGGAAACUUUGUUAUUUUCUAGCCAGCUAGCUAGUUUCAUCCCAUAUGGCACUCUGUAAUGAUACCGGACUUAGAGCACCCUUGCAUUGUUUCACCUUUCUUAGUGUAGGCUUUGUAUUUUUUUCCCCUUCUCUUUCUGCCAUGAAUACCAUUUUUAUAUAUAAAACGACAAUGGCGAUAUAAGGCUAGCCUAAUUAGUGGAGCAUUUCUGAUAAGAUCUAGAGUUCAAUCCAUAGUGACAGUGAUGAUCCUUGAAGUAGCACCUGUCAAUGGUAAGACAGUUUAGCGGUGUCACCACAGAUAGGUUGUCCCGAAAUGUGUAAGGUCCUGUGUUUGAUGUCUCUCAAAGCCUUAAUAACGAAAUUUGUAUUAUAAUCUACACAAUAAAUAAAAGGCAAAUGAGAAAGUAGGAAGGAUGUUUUGGUCAUCACAAUUACGUUUUUUUAAUUCAUUAAAAAGACACUUACUAGGAUUCGAACCAUGACCACUUUAAAGAAAAGCAAAGAUCAUAAUCAAUCACACUAAGUACAUUUGUUGUAUCUUUUUAAAUUAAAACAUAUAAUCGUUGAGAGAAAAAAACUCUUCCCCCAUUUCAAAUUCCCUGCUCCAUGAGCGUUUGUAGGAAAGGUAGAAUAGGGAGUGUCAAUUUUUUUCUUUUUCCUCUGUGGAACGGGCCAACUUACCAUACACAUGCGGAUUUAAAUGGGUUCAAGAGUGUCAGUUUUUUUCUUUAAGUCCUUUUAUUUCUCCGUGGUGGUAAAAUAUACAUGAAAAGGCAAAAACAAUACUCCUUUUUAUUGCUAAAAAGAAAAAAAUUUAACAAUAAACUAAUGCAUGGAUUCUAAUGGGCUAACUGCUAAUCAUAAAAUAAAAGAGUUGAAUGGGUCUGACCAACACAGGAUUUGCCCAUCAGGUAAAACAAAUAAACAUCAUGGGGUUGUCAUUCUAAAACAAGCUAUUUUCUCUAACAUAAUAUAUAUUAUGCUAUUAUUUCAUAUCUUAGUGACCAAAAUAUAAUAUAUUUUAAAGUUAUUCAAUGGUUCAACCUCGACAACCCAAUUAUUCCAAUUUUUCUCAUUUCAAAUAUAUAUUAUGUAAUUAUUUGAUAUCAUAAUGAUUAAAUUAUAGUGUAUAUUAUAGGGAAUCGUUUGGUAUUUGUUAGUAAAAAACUAAACAGAAAGAUCUAUUUGGUUAUUUUUAACAUGAAAAUGAUCCUAAACAUUUUCAGUUUCCUUUCGAAAUUGUAUAGUUUUAUUCCCGAAUCAGUGAUGUGCAAAUGGCGAAUUGCAGGCAUCUCUUUUCUUUCUUUAUUUUUUAUUUUCAAAUAGAAAGUUUAAAAGUAAAGAAUAAUUAGAGUUUGGCACGGGUCGGUCAACAGGCUGAAUUUCAAGUUUUGGUCCGUUUUGAUCAAGUCUAAUUUGUAAUCACAUGGUUCUCUAAUACCCGAUAAAAUCUCAAUCCAAACCAGUUUGGCAGGUGAGUUCGUGUUUACCACCAUUUUCUAGGGAUACAAGAACGGUGGUUCCUAUCCCAAAUCGUGUUGUUCAUUCUUGAUUUCUUUAGAUUUUAUCAUGGCUUGGCAAAAAACCAGAAAGCACAAUGAUGACAAGAUGAAAGUUUUAUAAAGCAAAUUAAUCGGCCAAGGUGCCGAGUAAAAGCUAGCAACGAUUGUGAGAUGCUCAUUUCCCGAAAACCGACGAUAUAUGCGAUUUUUUAUUCGAUUUUCUUGAAUUUUGUUUCUAUAAAACUUACUCCACCUCAUCAUAUUACCAGAAACAAUAUUGUUUCACAAGGUAACAUGUACUUUAUUUUGGUUCAUAAGGCUGAUUUUUGAUUCGUUGCAUCAUUCAUGUCUCUUUCCUACUAAAAUUCACUAUUUUUAUCACGUGUUUCCCAAAAAAAACUAUACAACAAUAAGCUAUACACCCAUUACAUUAUCAAAUUUCAGACCUCAUCUUCCUCCGACCAAUGACCGGGGCCUAGGCUAGUAUUAAAAUUAUACGGCAAAGAAUAUGUUUGACAAAAUGCUGGCCAAACCACAAGUGACAAGCGCGGCAGUGUCGACCCAAGAUAACUUUUACUGUGUUCAAGCCCAAUCCAACCUGCUGAAAACUCUGGCCCAAAACUUUCCCACUGCGGACCGGAGCCUACUCUCUCUCUAUGAUUUUUUAUCGGGCUCUCUGUGAAUUGAUUCCCCAUUCAAAAGAAAUCAAACAGACAAGACGAGCGCUCCAAAUAUCGCGUCGGUUUGAAUUUUUUCUUUUCUUGCUCAUCUCUUUCCUCGUAAUUUUUUUUUUCUUUGUAAAUCCUUCGAUCCGAUCCACCGCGAACCUCUUUUUUCCUUCUCCGAGACACCUCCCUCCAAAUCCGCUCCGCCCGAAAAAUCCAUAUCAGUUCGUCAAUUUCUCCCCUCCCUUUGUUUCUGUUCCUUUACUCCUCUCAGUUUUUGAAUUCUAGGGUUUCGGUCCCUCCUUUCCCUCCCAUUUCCUGCUUCGCGGUUACACAUUCAGAGUGCCGCCUCUGCUCCGUUGAUAGGUAGCUAUGUCCGCUUCGACCGUGUCUAUCACGGCGAACCCAGCGGCGUCCCGCCGGAGGCCGGUUUUGGCCGGCGAGAAGAAGUCCAACACCAUCGAGUUGUUGCCCCAUGAGGCGCAAGCCAAUGGAGGCGGCGACGGGAAUGAUAAGGUGAAGGUCGCCGCCCCCGCGCACAGCAAGGAUCUGAGUCAUAAUUCCAUCCGCGGCGAGCCGAUUCUCGAGAGGACUUCUAAAGAUCCGGUACUGCUUAGGAAGGGAAACGCGGUUAACUCGACGGUUUCCCCGCGCAGGGGGCGGAAAGUGGCGGCCAAGCCCGAGAAACCGCGGUGGGUGACGGUUGUGAGUAUUUUGACCAAGAAUUUCGUGCUUCUGCUCGUCUUGCUAGGGCUGGUGCAGUUGAUUAGGAGGUUAGCGACAUCGGAGAGCACUUCGGCUGCAACGCCGACGGGUUUGGCGGAGAUUGAGGGCCGUAUUGCGGAAGUGGAGUCGUUUUUGAAAACCACGGCGAAAAUGAUUCAGGUUCAGGUGGAGGUUGUAGAUAAAAAGAUCGAUAACGAGGUCGGAGGUUUGAGGCAUGAAGUGAAUAAGAAGUUUGAUGAUACUGGCUCGAGUAUGGACGCUGCAUUGAAGAAUUUGGAAACGAAGAGUGAAGAGUUGGAGAAAUCAAUUGCAGAGUUGAAGGCAGCGGAUUGGUUGUCCAAGGAUGAUUUUUUGAAGUUCUACGAGGAAUUGAAGAAGACAAAGGAUUUCCAGGUCGGUGAAGACUCUUACAAUUUGGAUGUCAUUAGGGCUUAUGCGAAGGACAUAGUGGAGAAAGAAAUCGAGAAGCAUGCUGCGGAUGGACUUGGCAAAGUGGAUUAUGCCCUUGCGGAGGGUGGCGCUUCUGUGCUGAAGCACUCUGAGCCGUUUGGUAAGAGGAGGCCCCUUAGCGGAUGGUUCUCAGGUGCUUCUGGCUUGAGUGGGGUUCAUCCUGAUGCAUAUAAGAUGCUGAGGCCGAGUUUUGGAGAGCCUGGGCAGUGCUUUCCUCUUAAAGGAGCCAGUGGAUUUGUGGAGAUUAGUCUCCGUGCAGCUAUUGUUCCUGAGGCUGUUACGUUGGAGCAUGUUGCCAAGAGUGUUGCAUAUGAUCGGUCAAGUGCCCCGAAGGACUGUCGUGUUUCUGGCUGGUUCAGAGGGUCCGAUGCUACUUCACCUGCAGAUCCGGAGAAGAUGUUUCUACUCACCGAGUUCACGUACGAUCUGGAAAAGAGCAAUGCUCAGACCAUCAGUGUUGUUGAUUCGGCAGCCUCACAUGUGAUUGACACUGUCAGGGUGGACUUCACAUCGAACCAUGGGAGCCACGCGCACACAUGCAUAUACCGCUUCCGGGUACAUGGCUACGAACCUGACUCUGCCUCGAUGAUGCCAUUGCAGAAUUGACAUUAGUUGACAGUUCUUUUAGCUGCUCCUGUACUUUGUAUGAUUCUGUUCAGAACUUCUGUAGCUCCUUAUGUAGAGGGUGUACAUUUGUUUGUGUGCUUAGGUUCAUGAUUUGUUCUCAGCCUGGCGUAUAUUACCACUAUGUUAUGUUAGUGUCAAAUUUUAGGCAUUGCGAGUUUCUUGUGCCGACGUGCAAGUUGUGAUCACAUUAUGGAUGUUAUGUGAGCACCGUAAUCGGAUUGCACGGUAUAAGUGAUAACCCAUCUUAUUCGCGUUCUUGUGAAUUUCAAUUUAAGAAUGGAAAAGGAGAGAGACAAAGGAAGCAUUUUCUCUUGGGAACAAGUUAUCAAAGUAGGUAUUCCACGCGUGGUUUCCCAGCUUGGUCAGUUAAAGUUUGGUGCUUGCUCUGUUGCACUUUUAUAAUCUCGGCUUCUACCCCUUUGCUCUUUACAUGCUUGGGGUUGAUGAAGACGAUCUUGUUUGCCGGGCAAAGCAGCGACUGUGAAGUGUGAACAUUUCGUUCGAGGAGUAUUCAGCAGCUCAAAGACAAGUGUUCUUGCAGGGUGUGUAUUGUGGCGACAACCAGUGAAGUUAGCGGGUGGUUUUCGGUAAAACGAAUAUGAACUCAAAGGAAAAUAUGAAGAAAAUGGAUUUGAAUAUUUUCGCUAUUCAUAGCAGAAGUAUAAUAGUUUAAUCAGAAAAAAGAAAUUUAAUAGUUUGAGCAUUGGAUUUAUCACCUUUUUACCUGAAGCUAGGGUAACAAUUUUAUAGUGAUAUGAUGUAACAUUGUGGUUGCGUGCCGGCGCAGAGGGCUCGAUCGGUGUGGGUGUGGCGACGAUGCGUUACAAAUCGCAAUUGACAGUCUGUUGAGCUCUCCCUCAAGCUCUCGCCGAGUUUUCGGUGAGGUCACGUUGAGUUGACCGCGAGGAUUGAGUGGCGUUAAUUGACAAGAGCGGUUGAGUUGGACUCAAGGUUGUCUGCUCGGGGUUUAGCCCGCUGACCCGGGUGGGCAAGUGAGUUGAGGGUUAAUGAUCCAAUAACAUAAAACAUUGCACCAAAAUAACAAUUCGUUAUCGAAUUGGAUUUCAAUAUACAACGAAAAUUCAUACACACUCAUUGAACAUCAAUAUUCAAAUGUUCAACUUAUAAUUAUAAAGAUAGGAUUAGGUGGAAAAAAGAAAACCGGGAAGAGAAGCACUUCACAAACCAAAUGGAAAAACAAAGCCGUGUGACAUGCAACAUGAGAAUAUUGAUGCGGGUCGAUCCGCUGGUGUGUGGCUGGCUCCCGUUUCUUGCACUGAGUCGGAGUCAAAACGGGUCAACCAACAGAUUGACAACCUUGAUUGGACUUGUUUGAGUUAUUUUUCGUCAAAUUAAUAUCUUUUACUUUGGUUUCAAACUUUCAAUAAGAUGUGAGUGUGAGACCUUUUUUCGGGAUAGGAUACGGUGACAACCCCUUGGGGGUUGUCAGAUUCACAACCACCUUUGUGGCCAUCAGCUACGUUCUCUCUCCUGUCUUUUUCUUCUUUUUUUAAAUUAAUGGUUAAGAUUAAA